CGGCAGUAGAAAGAUGAAAAUAUUCUAUUAUGCUAUUUUCAACACACGGAUAAGUAGCUCGCUAUACUUUAACAUGGCAUUCUGUUUAAAGUUUUUCAGAGCCCAUCACAUCUGCCGGAGAAAUGUUGCGGCAGUGUUGGCAUUCACUCUAUCAGCUGUUCUUCUUUACUACCAACUUAAAUUCCCAUUCACUGCCACAGACUCGGGAGCUGAAAUAGCGCAUGUCAGACAUGUUGGCGACGUUCGGAAUGUGGGCCAACACUACUCUCACGUCAGAGAAAAGCUGCAAACAAAUCCGAACCAGAACACAUUUUUGGACAAAACUUUUAUCCCUGCAACAAAAGUGCCAUCGUUCACUCCUAUUAAUGACGUCCUGGCGAAACAAAUGUGGGACGGCAAAAAUGAAACGUGUAAUCAGACGUGUCAGUCCAUCAUCGCACAAGUCAUACGGUCAGGUUCAAGUAUUCAGAGGCGUGUCACUAAGGAAGGUGUAGAGGAAUGGAUGGAGAACGGCGUCAUCUUCCGUCAGCCAGUGCCAACCAAAUCAACCGACCCGUACCCAAGCCCAUACGUCCCUGAGUUGGAGCCUUUUGUUCCGUUUAAUUCCUCCACGUUUUUUGAAGACCAGCGGGAAGCCCGAGCUGUGAUUGGCAAGAAAAAAAUAAUUCUAUGGUACAUACCAACACGGUAUUGGCCAAAGAUGGACAGCUUAAACCCCUUAAGGUUUUGUCCAGAUUUUCCUUGUGUGAUAACUACAAAUAAAACGUUUGCUGAACAAAGUGCUGCGAUGGUUUUUCCAGGUGAACUUCUUCGAACACCUCCACCAAAUCGUCGUCCAGAACAGGUGUUUAUUUUUAGCAACCACGAGCCACCCAAUGAGCAAUGGUGGGCUCAAAGUGCAAUCAAGGACAAGAGCAUCGGAUGGAACACUGUCUUCAACUGGACCAUGACUUACAGAAUGGACUCUGACGUCACUUCCUUGUAUGGAAUCUUACGAAGGCGGUUUAAACCGAUCACUCGAGAUUAUAAAUCUAUCCUGGCCAAAAAGACAAGGAAAGCUGCCGUGCUUGUUAGUAACUGUAAAACGUCGGGGAAACGAGAAAAAUAUAUUGCAGAGCUACAGAAAUAUAUUUCUGUAGACGUAUACGGCAAAUGUGGAAAUUUUUCAUGUCCUCGGUCAGAUGAUGAUAAGUGUUUCCAAAACAUCGACACCAACUACAAAUUUUAUUUAUCAUUCGAGAGUUCAAUAUGUGAGGACUACAUAACGGAAAAGUUCUUUAGGUACACAAGCACCAACACCAUCCUAGUAGUCCGUGCAAGCAAUGAGUACUCACGCCACGCCCCUCCAGAAGUUUUCAUCAACACGGCAGAUUAUGCCAGCCCUAAAGAGCUCGCGGACAAGCUGCUUUACCUGGACCAACAUGACAGCGAGUACAUCAGUUUUUUACAAGAGAAGGACAAGUACGUUGGUAUCUAUGAAGACUAUCCAAUCAGAGAAGAGGAUGGGCGGAUACGUUACAUGCAUUAUCAUUACGAGGGCGUGGCAUUUUGUCAAGUAUGUCAAAGGUUGUGGAACCUUCAGUCAUAUUCUAAAACAGUUCCAGACGUUAAGGAAUGGUUCACAAAAAAGAUGUGUCAUCCACCCAGUGAUAUUUGA